AUGGAUAAUUUAGUUCUCCGUGCGUCUCUAGAAGGGCAUUCUGGAUGGGUAACAGCCAUUGUAUGUUCUUCAGAAAAUCAGAACAUGAUUGUUUCUGCAUCUCGAGAUAAAACGAUUAUUGUAUGGGAAUUGACAGGAGAUGGGGGAUAUGGAGUCCCAAAAAAAGCUCUUCGAGGUCAUAGUCAUUUUAUUCAGGAUUUGGCGAUUUCAUCUGAUGGACAGUAUGUCCUUUCAGCAUCAUGGGACAAAACGCUUCGUUUGUGGGAUUUAAGUACAGGGAUGACGACGAAGCGGUUUGUUGGGCAUACGGGAGAUGUUUUGAGUGUUAGUUUUUCAGCGGAUAACCGACAGAUUGUGAGUGGAUCACGGGACAAGACGAUUAAGCUUUGGAAUACUCUAGGAGACUGUAAAAUGACAAUUCAGGAGGGGGGGCACACUGAUUGGGUUUCAUGUGUCCGUUUUUCACCUAGUCCUAGUAAUCUUAUUACUGUAUCAGCAGGAUGGGAUAAAUUUGUUAAGGUAUGGGAGCUUUCAACAUGCAAGCUUAGGACGAAUUAUAUUGGUCAUACUGGCUAUAUUAAUGCUGUUACUGUGUCUCCAGACGGAUCUCUAUGUGCAUCAGGCGGAAAAGACGGUACAGUUAUGCUUUGGGAUCUCAAUGAAUCAAAACACCUUUAUUCUUUAGACGCUUGUGAUAUUAUCAAUGCCUUAGUCUUUUCACCGAACCGGUAUUGGCUUUGUGCAGCGACGGUUACGAGUAUUAAAGUUUUUGACCUUGAAACAAAAAUUAUUGUUGAUGAACUUAAAGUCGAAUUUACAGGUGUUGGAAAAAGAUCGUCAGAUCCCGAAUGUAUUUCUCUCUGCUGGUCUGCAGAUGGACAGACUCUCUUUUCAGGUUAUACUGAUAACAUUAUCCGUGUUUGGCAGGUUACUGCAUAG